UUAGAAUCAUUGACGACCCGAAGCUGUAUAUAAAGUGCAGUAUUUGGCACCCAUCCUCAUACCGGAAAGCUUGUUAGUAUGAAGGCUACUUUUACGAUCCUGGUGAUCCAAGUCAUCUGUUUGGCUAGAGCGAUUGAGUACCAGUUAACAUUGGACGACGAUGGCUUUCUAGCACCUUGCGAGAAUCAGCCUGACAACACUUUUAGUUUGGAUGCGAUGUUGGAAAGUUCUUCUCUUACAAUACACAACCUUGGUUCUAAAGUUCGAAUUAAAGGAGAGCACAAGGUGGUCUGGAAAGAUGUCCAGCCAGGAGACACAUUGAAAAUGUUUGGUCAAGUCUAUCGGCUGGAUAAGGGCACUUGGCAGAAGACUAUGUUUAGCGCCAGCUCCAAUAACUUUUGCAAAAACAUGUUUGAUAAGAACCAAUACUGGUAUUCCUUCUGGACAAAGUAUAUUAACAACUCCGACGAGAUCAAGGAAAAGUGCUUGACCACACCGGGGGCUGUUAUUAAGUACAAAGACUUCGAAGUGGAUUUGAAGGCCAGCCUGAAUAUUCCGAAUCUGGAAGGGCGCUACAAGCUGGUAGCCCAACUGGAGGCUUUCGAUAAGCGCAACUUAAAGCGCCCAGUGUCCAUUUGCGUGGAGUACCGGGGCACUGUAGAGCGCAUCUAAUCACGACAAUUUUAUAUGCAUGCUGAACAUACAGCGAAACACCAUUAAAGUCUAUAAUUGAGCACAUCAAACAAGGUGUCCAUGAA